AUGCCUGUGUCAGAUCCUGCGAGUUCCGCUUCGCGACCAUAUCCGGAACGAAACCAUCCGAGCAAAAUGCGAACAACAGCCAACGAUAGAAGAACAAAUCCAGAAACGGCGCCUGCAAUGAUUGCUCUGGAGAGAACGCCCCGCACAGUGGAAGAUCCAACGAACGGCACCAAAGAAAAUCUGAAAAGCCAUGGAUUAUCCUUCGACAAUGUCAGAAACACCGCCACGGACCGUGAAGCUUGGAAGCGGCUUGUGAACAAUAUUCGAGAUCCAUUGGCACUUACAGCAGCGUACUGGUUCAGAGGACAACUCCUUCAAGAUCGUAUUCGCAAGAGCUACUCGGUUAUUAUGUGGCGGUUACUUGAUGGCGAACUUCAAGGAAGAAGUGAAGACAGCCAUUAUGUCUACGAUUACAUACCAAAAGAGGGAAGAGAUAGCAGCAAGACAAUGCGUUUUAUUUUCAAGGAAAGAAUUGAUCCACGGGUUGACACGGAUGAAACUAUCAAAAAAAAAUUUUGUCACGCAGAUAAUAUCUGUCUACCAUUGUCCGAAAGUGAAGUGGAUGAUCUACCAAGUGACUGGACUUUUCUCGUUAAGGUGUUAAAUUUCGAUCCAAAAUCUGCGAGAGAUUCAAUUGGUUUUUCGGGGCGUGAAAAUCUUGAUCAUUUAGGGGUAUUUAUGCACGCAUUUCGAAUGGAAAUCAUUGGCAGUGGACCUAACGAUGAAGAAAUUUAUAUCGAUCUCUCAACAGGACAAGUUCAGACAAUGAUCAAUUUAGAUUUGGUCGUGAAAAAUUUGCAGUGA